GAAAUCCCCUCCAAACAUAUCCUACCCCUUUUAAAAGCAAGAACUCUCUUCUUAACUCUCCUUAAGAAUAGUGGAUUUACGUCCACGUCCUUAAGUUCCUUCAUUAAUUACGCCCCUGCCAUUACCAGCUGUCAAUUUUCCAUGAACAUCCCCUGCCAUUACCAGCUGUCAAUUUUCCAUGAACAAAUUAUCCAGGUGUCCCUCUUCCCUGUCUUCGCCCUCCUGCGUCCUUCUACUCCUCCCCUCUGCAAUGGCGUUCUUGACCUUUCUCGGUUUUUAUCUCCAUCUUCCAUUGUCUUCGUACAGCUCCUCUAUCUUCUUCUCUCCUUCGCCUAUUUCCUACCUAUACUCUGAAUUAACAGCAAACCCUAAAUCCCUAAUUUUGGGAUUUCAAUGAACCAGAAGAAAGCAAUAGGUGCCUCCACCCUCCUCUUCAUCGCGGUUGCCCCUCCGCCAUCUUCUCUCCUACCUUUGUUCUUCGAUCUGCUGGUAAAUGCGAUCCAACUUCAUAAUCCGAUCUGCAGCGCUCCAUCGUCGUCUCUGGCAAGGUCUCCAAAUAACACCUUCGAGGAUUCCAAUGCAAAGCACAGAUUCAAAAAAUCUAUGGAAUCCUCCAAGUUGUUAUUGGAAAUCUUGUUGACAGAGAGAGAGAGAAAAAUUUGGAGAUAUCUCCAAAAUUAAAGUUUGACAUCAUCUCUAAGGAAAUACGCUGAAAAUAUGGAUUCUUCCGUAUCUCUAUAUACCCAACUUAAGGCAACCCAAUCUUUCUUCGUGACGGCGGGUCCAAAUGUAAUUGAGCCAGAAGAGCACGUUAUGAAGAUGGCUAAGCACAUAAAAGGCUAUAACAACCAAAGUUGGAGUGCCUCUGAUCUUCAAGUCCAGCUUUGACAAGACUAUCAGGACAUCUUCUAAAUCAUUCAGGGUCCUGGUAUGGCUUAAGGCCUCCAAAUCCUUGAGAAAUGAAAGUAGCAUAUGACCUCCCUACAGUAACUAAUGUGCAUGAAAGCAGUCAGUGUGAAGUUGUGGGUAAAAUUGCUGAUGUCAUAAUCUAGGUUUGCUUAUCCUUCUCCUUGCAUUUACACCUAGGUUUGCUUAACUGAUGUUAUAAUCUAGCUUUUUUAAAUGGUUUUGAUUGAUUAAAUGAUGUUCAAAAAAAUAAAAUUGACCCCAUUUUUUGUUCAAUAAAACUACAAAAUAAACACUAUAAGUUAAACAAUCAGGUAGUUGGAAUCGGUAAUUUUAAGAAUUUGAUUCUGGUUACGCUCCCUAGAAUUCAGGCAAAGUACCCGAUCUUUCACCCGGCCAAAAUUAAUCUGAAUUAAGAUAUCGAAUUGAACCUGAACUACAUUGAUAGUUUUGUACUCGUUAGGUGGUGACGUAUUAUUAUUCUUUUCUUUAGAAUAAAUCCCGUGCACCGGGUGUAAAGCAUAACACCUAGAACUUCCUCCCGAUAUGGAACUCCCAAGACCACGAGACCAUGUCAAACUCCCAAGGGGUCAAUUUUGGCCUAUGUCCAUGUGUGCAUCUAGCUUGAUGAAGCUUUUCCCUCUAAAGGGGUUAUGUACCGAGAUAUAUGUGCCUCAUUUGCUGCUGCUUCUCCCUCUCAACAAGCAUGUCCACUGUGAUUAUUCAUGAUCCAAACGGAGCUAGGGCAAAUGCGCUCACAGAUUGGGCACUGACUCACCAGGACAUCCUCGCUAACAGACAGGCUAGAGUCUUGGAUGUUAGGAACCCCUCGCCAUUAAGGGUGAUCAUAACCCUUGAUGAUCUCAACCAGAAGACAAACAUUAAUACAAUACAAGAGGAGCGCCUCUGGGUGAAAGUUGUUGUCCCCGAGCUGGACUUUGAUAGGGUGCAUGCAUACAUAGGCUGUUGUAAUUGUGGCAGACGCACAGAUGUUCCAGUGGGGAAAGCCUACACAUGCACCAACUGUUCACAGAAGGGAUCUAUGGCUUGUCCCAGGGUAACUACCAACUGUGACAUCUCUGACAGUACAGGGACACGUUCAGUAACCAUGUUCACUUCGGACUCUGAAACGUUGUUCAGGAUGCCUGCUGAAGAUAUAUUUCGAAUCAAACAUACUAAGGAUGAUAUAGCAAUCAAGGCAGCAACGGAGAUGGUCCGUACCAAACCUAUCUUGGUUCAACUUGGCCCAACAGUAGCUCUCUCUAAAAGCAAUGCGUUGCAGUGGUGUCUCAAGAAGGUGGCUUUGGAGGAGAACACUGAGGAGGCUUCUGAGGAGAAUGAGGAGAAUGACCAGGCGGCUUUGGAGGCUUCUGAGGAGAAUGACCAGGCGGCUUUGGAGAACACUGCUGCGCCUAAGAAGUGAUCAAUUCCAGCAAGGUUGGGUUAUGUAUGAAAGCUAUUAUCAGGCCCCUUUUGUUGUGUGAAACCUAUUAUUAGUAUGACAAUUUAGUAUGUGUGAAAGCUAAGUACUAGAGAAAGGCGAUAUGCAUCAAGCCUUUUGCAAGAAACUCAUGUUAAUGUUGCAAUGCUUAUUUUGAACUCCA